CAGCGUGCCUUUCUGCGUUACCUCAGAGACGGCCAGUCAAUGGAGUCAAGCGGUCACACAAACGCGAUAAUAUUAGUGACAAACGAGGCCGUCGCCGCUGUACAGAUGCAUUUUAGUUGACAAGUAUAUGUUUUCCGGAGUACAAUGACCGCGAAGGAAUAGUGUUAUGUGGAGAAAUUGUCUUGUAUGCAGCUGAAGCGCCGUUGUCAACACAAAGGCCUAUGUAGGUAGCUAGUUAGCAUACAACGUCUGCUAGCUGGCUAGUGAUACAACCUCAGCUGCAGCAGAUCAACAGGCGUUCAAUUUUAAUGUUUUAUUUGUAACUCGGUUCAUCUGCCCUACAAAAAGACAUCGUCCGGGAGUUUGUCGCUUCACAAAGAUCAUGGCGGAGCCGGAUGCCGUGGUCAUGCAGCAGAAUUUAGACAGGAGCUGCUGGGUGUGUUUUGCCACAGACGAGGAUGACCGCACAGCAGAGUGGGUGCGUCCGUGUCGCUGCCGCGGCUCCACUAAGUGGGUUCACCAGGCCUGCCUGCAGCGCUGGGUGGACGAGAAGCAGCGGGGAAACAGCACAGCACGCGUGGCCUGCCCACAAUGCAACGCAGAGUACCUCAUCGUCUUCCCCAAACUGGGCCCUGUUGUCUACGUGCUGGACUUGGCCGACCGGCUCAUCUCUAAGGCCGGCCCCUUCGCUGCAGCCGGCAUCAUGGUGGGCUCCAUCUACUGGACGGCUGUGACCUACGGAGCGGUCACUGUCAUGCAGGUGGUCGGCCAUAAGGAGGGUUUGGACGUCAUGGAGCGGGCAGACCCUCUGUUCCUGCUCAUCGGCCUGCCCACCAUCCCCGUCAUGCUGAUCCUGGGGAAGAUGAUCCGCUGGGAGGACUACGUGCUGCGUCUGUGGAGGAAGUACUCCAACAAGCUGCAGAUCCUCAACAGCAUCUUCCCAGGAAUCGGCUGCCCGGUUCCUCGUAUCCCGGCGGAGGCCAGCCCUCUAGCGGACCACGUGUCAGCCACGCGGAUCCUGUGCGGUGCCCUCGUCUUUCCUACCAUCGCCACCAUCGUCGGGAAGCUCAUGUUCAGCAGCGUAAACUCCAACCUGCAGAGGACCAUCCUGGGAGGAAUUGCCUUUGUGGCCAUCAAAGGGGCGUUCAAGGUCUACUUCAAACAGCAGCAGUACAUGAGACAAGCCCACCGCAGGAUCCUCAACUUCCCCCCCGAGCAGGAGGAGGCCUGAGGAGGCUCCGAGGACAGCCGGGUGGAGCGGGGGAGUAAAAAGAAAAAAAAACUGUGGGACUGUGAACAGGAAGUGCUGAUGAAACAUUCAGCAUCAGUGUCACCCUUUAUCUCCCUCACACCUUUCACCCCUUCUGGAGUGACUCCCCCACAACAACAUGGCACCUUUUUAUAAACCUCCAUGAGCUGAAGCCCGACUGGAGCACGAUAACACACACACACUCACACACCUCUGGUGGAUGUGCUUAAACAAUCACAUGACUAACCUUUAUUGUGAACUUACUGUAUUUUAAAGGAGGAGUGCGGGGCAUGUGUAAUUAAGUUUUAUAAUAUCAAUAAUAAAUAAUCAUUGUUUUAUAAAGGUUUAUUUUGCAGAUUUGAAGCCCUGCCUUCGCCAAUGUUUGCGUUUCUAUCGAGCGAGGAGCGAUGUUCAGUGUGGAAUGUAUUAAAGAUGAAUGAAUAAAUCGUGUUUAACCGUCGUGACUCAACACACAGACGGAAAGUGAACGAGGAGCUGUGUUUGAACUCUAUUUAAAUGUAUCUGCAGUGCUCACGUCGUCUGUCUGCAGCUUUAUCCCUUGUUUUUUUUUUUUUUUAACACUUUUAUUUGAUGUUUAAACCUCAGCCACCGUCACAUCAAGAACCUGUUGCUGGGAGACCGUCUCCUCCAGACGGACAAUAUGGAGGCUUCUUUCCUCACGAGGUCGACUUCAGCACUUUUCAGAGGGGAAACAAAGAUUCAGUGAUGAUGGUACUUGUGUGUGCAACCUGAGGUCUUUAUCAUGAUGCAGACUGCAGGGACACUGAACAGAGGACGUGACAAUGUGGAAAGAACUGUGUGAAAACAUAAAGUGUCGGUCAGCCAGAUGAACCGUGUUUCACUGACUUCAUACUGAUGUGAUCCAACAGCGUGGACGACUCAUAUCCACAUGGAGGACACUUUUCUCUGACGUCACACUCAGGCUGGGAGGCUCAGAUCUUUUGAUGUCGUAUGAACAGUGUGCCAGCUUCUUAGUGGUGUAAUUGUAAAUAAUCUAACAAACCAAUAAUCAACGCUCUCUGAUUCAUCAGCAACUGAAAAAGAUUCAAAGUUCUUAUUUCAGGUUCUAACAAAGUAUUGAACAGCUUAUGUUUUCAUUCAAACACUUCACAGCUGAUAUUGUUUUAUAGUCACAUAAAAUAAUAAAAAGUUUUUUCCUCGCUAAAGGUCUCGAAGCUGGGAGGGCGUAACAUUCUGACACUAGAGUUUGUCUUUAAAGUAAACCAAUGUUUUGUUUUAACUAAGAAGUAUUUGGUCCGGUUUCCCUCCAGGUGUCCCCACAUCAUCAACGCUCCUGUAUGGAGUUUUUUUUAUUUUACUGGUUAUGAAACUGAAAUUAACAUUAAUGCCUCUCGAUGCGCUACAAAAGCAAACAAGACAAUUAGCAUAAAAAUGAUAGAUAUUUUAAUGAUUCUGGACUGCCACUGUGGGGCAAGUGUCAAAGUUAAGUGUGCUGCAAGCAAGAGGGAGCAACGGUGGCCUAGUGGUUAGUGUGCACGCCCUAUGUACAAAGGGCUCCUUCACCGCAUUCCCCACGCUCUCUGAUUUCUGACUCUAUCCACUGUCCUGACUCUCAACUAAAGGCAUUCAAAAAUAUAUAUAUAUAUCUACACAUUAAAAAAAGAAAGCAAGAUGAGAUUGUAAAACAAACCCCUCCCUACAGGAUAAAGUAACAAAGAUUGUUUUGAUAGAGCAGCCAAAAUGGACAGAAAGUUCCUCACUGACACAUUGACAUGAUUUGGAAGUUAGAACACAGCGGCAGUAACACAUUUACUUUCUUGAUGGAAACGAUUGGAGCCUCCCACAGAGUAUGAAAUGAGAGAAAAAUGUGAUUGUGUUGGAAAUCUGUGAUAUUUUCUCAGGUUUGUGAUUUUUCAGAGAUUUAUUAAAUGUGGCAGAACAUAGAACCAUUUCUUUGGUGGAUUUUUCCCCCAUGACAUCCAACAACAAACAAGGGAUGCCAUUUCUUUACAUACUAAACUGCUGUUAUGGUAACUAAAUGGUGGGUCAGUGGAAAUCUUAAACCAUGGGCCAAAAGUGACUGUGUGUGAUGAAACUUUAUGUACCUUUAGUGAACUGACUCUGACAUGAUGGUUUGUUUUUAAUGAUUGUGAGCAUGAUGUGGUUACCAGUGAAGCUAUACACAAAGGAAAUAUCAGUCUGACCUCCACAGCUCCCCGCAUCAUGUUCACCUCCAGCCCGCCAAUAGAGACUCAAAUCUGAACGGUGUUGUGGCUCCUGACUUUAGACUUCUUGUGGUAUCAGUUCUGUGAAUAAAUGUAUUUUUCCAAA